AUCCACGUUCCCCUCCAAAUUCAAACCCAUCAGUCAUUGUCCAUGGAAAUCCCAUGUUACCCAUUGAUUCGUCGAUUCACAAUGCACCCCUAAAACGACGACAACUGUCUGUCGAUUCAUCUUCUCUUUCCUCCUUAUUUUCCGCAAUUCGCAUCAUCAAUUUGUACGAUUUCGACAGACAAGUCGCAUGGUCGAGUAGAUGCAUAUGAGGACGCAUCAAGAUCCUGACACGUGAUCUUUGAUCCAGGGUACUAAUAGAUUCAAAGGAUUGAGAAUUUGUGUGAUAUCUGAUCUGGGUUUCGUAUAAUUUUUCUGUGCGUUUGGAAUUUCUGUUGAGAAAAAUGGCAGAUAAAGGGAAGGAAUCAGAUUAUUUCUUGAUUGAAGAUGAUGAGGAUGAUGAGGAUGAUAUAGAGGCAAAUAACAGUGAUGAUGAUGAUGAUGAUAACGAUGUUGGUUCCAGCCGUAGAUCGUUUUCUUCUCAAGUCUCAGCUCCUCAAUGGCCACAGAGUUACAAACAGAUGCUUGAUUCGUACUCAAUUUCAGCAACGCCAAGUUUGGGAUUCCUUAGACGCCCAUCUGGUUCAAUAUAUUCAAUGUAUGAUGCUGGGGUCGAUAGUAACUUUGAUGAUAACGUAAAGUCUAAGCUGCUUUCCGAAUGUUCAAAGCUUUUUAGCAAAGAGGAUGUAGAUAGGAUCUCAAGAAAGAUAUCAACAUGGUCGGGAAGGGGUUCCUUACCCGAUCAAUUGAUUGGAGAACUUCCCAUUACCUUUGGAUGUAGCGUCACUCAGACUGUUUUCAAUUCGGUGAACGUGAUGGUUGGAGUUGGAGUUCUUUCUAUGCCGAAUACAAUUGCUCAAGCUGGGUGGGCAGGCAUGGGAGUGCUACUUCUUUUUGCAGCAAUGUGUUGUUAUACAGCUUAUCUCAUGAAAACUUGCUUUGAGAGCAAAGAAAGCAUCCAAACAUAUCCUGAUAUUGGAGAAGCUGCAUUUGGGAAAUACGGGCGUCUUAUUAUAGCAAUCAUUUUGUACACAUCACUCUACGCAUACUGUGUGGAGUUUAUUAUAUUGGAAGGAGACAAUCUCGCUAGCAUCUUCCCUAGCGUAUCCUUGCAUACGGGUGGUUUCAAUAUGGAUUCAGUCCACUUGUUCGCAAUUCUUUCUGCUAUUGUUAUCGCACCUACCCUUUUGAUUAAAAAUGCACGAGUAGCCUCAUUUCUUUCAGCUACUGGUGUUGUGGCUACUGUUAUGGUCAUUUUUUCUGUGCUUUGGCUCGGUACAGUAAAUGUUGGUUUUCAUGAAAGUGGUCCGCUCAUUAAAUUGAAUGGCAUUGCUUUUGCCCUUGGUAUAUACGGAUUUUGCUUUUCUGGGCAUUGUGUGUUCCCGAAUAUAUACCAGUCGAUGGCUGACAAAACCCAGUUUACCAAAGCAAUGAUCAUAUGUACUGUAUUGUGUGUUCUGUUGUAUGGGAGUGUUGCGAUUAUGGGUUUUCUCAUGUUCGGAGAACACUCGUUAUCCCAGAUAACGCUGAACAUGCCCGAGGAUGCAGUUGCUUCAAAAGUUGCUUUGUGGACAGUGGUCAUCAAUCCAUUUACCAAAUAUGCCCUGCUGAUGAACCCAUUGGCUAGUGCCAUUGAAGAGCUGUUGCCUGCUAAAGUUGCAAAUAGUGACUGGUGUUUUGUUACUCUACGGAUUGCACUAGUUGCAUCUUCUGUCUGUGUUGCAUUUGCUCUUCCGUUCUUUGGUCUUGUGAUGGCUUUGAUGGGUUCGGUCCUAUGUAUUUUGGUGUCUCUCAUUUUUCCAGCUCUAUGUUUUCUAAGAAUUAACGGGAGUAAGGCCACGACUACGCAGAUCGGUUUGAGCAUUUCUAUUUUGGUGGUGGCGAUCAUCUGCAUGAUCGUGGGAACGUACUCGUCUUUGGCGGAUAUCGCAAACGAACUUUGAAGACCGAGUAUUCUUGCCAUCUUUCGGUAGUGAUAUUUAAAUGCUUUUGAGUUUUGAUCAAUAAAAUGCACAAAUCGAAUCUAGCAAUGAGGCUACGAGUUAAAGUUUCGGUCAGGUUUGGCUCGAGAUCUAGUUUUGGAGUGUUCAACUAGUGUCAUUAAUCGUUAUGCAUUUUCGACUAGUACCAUUUCACAUUGCCAAAUGCGAAUUAACUGCGACUGUUUACCAUGUUUUGCUAUUGUUAACGGAAACAAAAUAGAUGACAGCGUAUAUUCGUUCUUGGGA